CUCUCUGGCAGGUGAAGUGGAAAGGGAAGGACCUGUUUGAUCUGGUGUGCAGGACGCUGGGACUGCGGGAAACCUGGUUCUUUGGGCUGCAGUACACCAUCAAGGACACCGUGGCUUGGCUCAAAAUGGACAAGAAGGUCCUGGAUCAUGAUGUCCCCACAGAGGAGCCCAAAACCUUUCACUUCCUGGCCAAAUUUUAUCCUGAGAAUGCAGAGGAGGAAUUGGUCCAGGAAAUCACCCAGCAUUUGUUCUUCCUGCAGGUGAAGAAGCAGAUUUUGGAUGAGAAGAUCUUCUGUCCACCUGAAGCCUCUGUCCUGCUGGCCUCUUAUGCUGUCCAAGCCAAGUACGGUGACUACGAUCCCAAUGUCCACAAGAGAGGCUUCCUGGCACAGGAGGAAUUGCUUCCCAAGCGGGUAAUAAACCUGUACCAGAUGACUCCAGAGAUGUGGGAGGAGAGGAUAACAGCCUGGUACGCAGAGCACCGGGGCAGAGCGAGAGAUGAAGCUGAAAUGGAGUAUCUGAAGAUAGCCCAGGACCUGGAGAUGUAUGGCGUGAACUACUUUGCCAUCAGGAAUAAAAAGGGUACAGAGCUGCUCCUUGGAGUUGAUGCCUUGGGUCUUCACAUUUAUGACCCAGACAACAGGUUGACCCCUAAAAUCUCCUUCCCAUGGAACGAGAUCCGGAAUAUCUCCUACAGUGAUAAAGAGUUUACGAUUAAGCCAUUGGACAAAAAGAUUGAUGUUUUUAAAUUCAAUUCAUCAAAGCUGCGUGUGAAUAAGCUGAUCCUUCAGCUGUGCAUUGGGAACCACGACCUCUUCAUGAGGAGGAGGAAGGCAGACUCGUUGGAGGUGCAGCAGAUGAAAGCACAGGCCAGGGAGGAGAAGGCCAGGAAGCAGAUGGAACGACAGUGCCUGGCACGAGAGAAGCAAAUGAGAGAAGAGGCUGAGAGGACCAGGGAUGAGCUGGAGAGGAGGCUGAUGCAGCUGAAGGAGGAGGCAACGAUGGCCAACGAGGCUCUGAUGAGGUCGGAGGAGACAGCAGAUCUGCUGGCGGAGAAGGCGCAGAUCACGGAGGAGGAGGCCAAGCUGCUGGCUCAGAAGGCGGCCGAGGCCGAGCAGGAGAUGCAGCGCAUCAAGGCCACGGCCAUCCGCACCGAGGAGGAGAAGAGGCUGAUGGAGCAGAAGGUGCUGGAGGCAGAGAUGUUGGCACUGAAAAUGGCCGAGGAGUCGGAGAGGAGGGCAAAGGAGGCUGAUCAGCUCAAGCAGGACCUGCAGGAGGCUCGUGAGUCGGAGCGCAGAGCAAAGCAGAAGCUCUUGGAGAUCACCAGCAAGUCUUCCUACACAUCCAUGAACUCGAGUACCACAGCACUGCCCACUGACCUGCCAAGCUUCAACCUCAUCAGUGAGAGCCUCUCUUUCGACUUCAAGGAUACAGACAUGAAGAGGCUGUCCAUGGAAAUCGAGAAGGAGAAGGUGGAGUACAUGGAGAAGAGCAAGCACCUGCAGGAGCAGCUCAACGAGCUGAAGACAGAAAUUGAGGCACUGAAGCUCAAGGAGAGAGAGACAGCUCUGGAUAUUUUGCACAACGAGAACUCCAGCCGGGGCAACAGCAAGCACAACACUAUUAAAAAGCCUCAAGCCCAGGGCAGAAGACCUAUCUGCAUUUGA